CGGCCCCGCCCGCUUCAGCUCAGCCCGGUGAUUCACUCCCUCCUUCGCCCCGGGGGCUCCCUUCCUGGCCAGACGGCGGGCAAGACGGCUGGGUGUGCAGCGUUCUCGAACCCGCGAGCAAGCGAGCCAUUCCUCCGCGGCCCCAGGGACUCCGGCCCAUGCCAUGGCGGAUUCCGAGCGCCUCUCGGCCCCCGGCUGCUGGGCCGCCUGCACCAACUUCUCGCGCACCCGAAAGGGAAUUCUCCUGUUUGCUGAGAUUAUACUGUGCCUGGUGAUUCUGAUCUGCUUCAGUGCUUCAACACCAGGCUACUCUUCCCUGCCGGUAGUUGAGAUGAUCCUUGCUGCUAUCUUCUUUGUCAUCUUCAUGUGUGAUCUACACACCAAGAUACCAUUCAUCAACUGGCCCUGGAGUGAUUUCUUUCGAACCCUCAUAGCGGCGAUCCUCUUCCUAAUCACCUCCAUUGUUGUCCUUGUUGAGAGAGGAAACCACUCCAAAAUCAUCGCAGGGGUACUGGGCCUGAUUGCUACAUUCCUCUUUGGUUAUGAUGCCUACAUCACCUUUCCCCUUCGGCAGCAAAGACAUACAGCAGCCCCAACUGAUCCCACAGAUGGCCCAGUGUAGGCGAACUCCCCUCAUUUCUCUCUGCAACCUGCAAAUAAUUCCUCCAUCGAAAUAACUCCUCCCCACCCCUGCAACAACAACACUCCUAGCCAAUUAAUUUCCAGCCCCCUGUUGAGGUAAAAGCGCCUUUAUUGAGAGAAUUUUGUCUUCCAGCCUGCCAAACAACCCUCCUGGGUGUGGCCACCUUUAUGGGGGUGCCUAGGUCUUCCUUCCUUCUGCAGUAUCAGAAAGACGAUGCUAGUUCUGCCAGAACCAUCCCCCCACCUAAGACAAUGAGGGAGGAAGGUGCCUUGGAUUUCUGACUCCAGGCCCCAGGUGGUGAUCCACUCCAAAAUAAUCUUGGUGUGGGGGGUGGUUCUGUGGAGGAAUAAAUAAAUAAUAAACAGAUUGUUAAAAUAUAUGAUAAUGAAUAAAGUAAUCCUUUGAU